UCCUCUUGCUAUCUGUCGCCCAAGAAGGAGGAUGCUUCACCCGCGGUCCUAUUAUUGUCUUCUGGGGGCAUUCAAAUUACAUUUAGUGGAUGCAAAUACCACAGGAAUGCUAUGGUAUCCAGAAUAUUCAGGUCCAUCCUGCAGCCUGAUAUCAUACAUUAUGUAGUAAUGUAAUAGCGUAGUUAUUGACAAGCCAAGUGCAUGCAGUUUGUAGUGGAACAUAUUGGUAAACAGCAAAUCUAGUGGAGGUCGGUUGAUUUCGUUUUUCAGCCUUUAAAGUUUCAGACCAAGAUGCUACAAGGCUCAAGUAUCUUGGGGCAUGAGAGACCCCUGCUCAUCAGAGUAUCGUUCACCGCAUGCGUUGUGAGCACUGUGUGCCUACCACUUCUUGGACUUAUAUCUUGUGUCUUCAUAUCCUCUGUUUUUCAUUAUGAGGACUCUACUGGUACACAUUGCCAGGUUCCUAAUUACCUGCCAUCUAUCAGUGCCUCAAUAAGCCUGAGUCCUGAGUGCCACAUAUGGCGGUUCUGUAUCGGACUGCACUCAGCACCGAGGCUCCUGGUGGCAUUUACCUACUUCAAAUUCUACAAGACACGUUUUGCCUCGAGGUUCCCUGAGAGUUUACUCAGUUGCUUAAACCUGGUCUUUUCUCUUUGCGAAAACCUUGGCCUCUUGCUUCUCACAUAUGUAUCAUCUAGUGAAACAUACUUUGUACAUAAAGAAGGUUUUGUCCUCUUCCUGGUCAGUUCCAUUAUCCACAUGCUGAUAACUUGCCGUUUAUGGAAGACUAUUAAGAAGUAUUCAUUAAGUCCUGAGGAUGCCAAGUCUCACCAUUGGAAAGUGCGCUUCUUACUUUUCAACGUAUCCUUCUGUACUUUCGCCGGAUUCUUUUUCUGGAAACACAACAUGUACUGUGAAUCAGGGAGCUACACAUUAUUUGCCCUGUUUGAGUAUCUAGUGGUCUUCUCCAAUAUGGCCUUCCAUCUCACAGCAGUUUGGGACUUUAAGAGCCGGGAGGUCAUGGUCAUUUCAUCCUCCGAUGAUAAAGACUUCUGACUAAACAUUCACAUUCACAGACCAAGUGCAAGUACAACAAACAACAACAACAACAACAACAACAACAACAACAACAACAACAACAACAACAACAACAACAGACACAUGUAAACAGCCUUGAUCCUUCACAAGGGGAAGAUGAUGAUGGCUCUCAAGUCCAUAUGGGUGUAGAUGUCAACACGUUUAAACAAAAGAUAUGCACAUGUGCUACUGUCUGGUCAAUUCAGUGAGCUGUAAGUGCAUUGUUCUGCCUCAGUGUCUCAUUAAUGGAUUCCUUGACUCACAUACAGUACACUGUUUUAUGUAAUGUGGAAUUUCAACUUUUGAACAAUGCAGAAAAAAAGGUGUGUUGUCAUACUGUUUGUGUGCUAAAGUAAAGUGACAGUCCUUCAAGUAUGCUUGGCCUUCAUUUUGAAAUACAUAAAGGGGUAAAUAUUUAUAUAUUAUUAAGUAGAGGGUGAGAUAGCGGAAAGCAAGGUGUCCACAUGGCCUUUCCUUUGACCAUUUACACUUUUGAGUCUCAGAUACUGUCACCCCACAGAAACAAUGGCCUCUGACAUAGUGUAGUUAUUUCACACCAUUCCCAAAAGAGUUUGCCAACAAGAGCAACUCUAUGGUAAUUUUUAAAAUUUAGUAUUGAGACCACUGGUGUUAAAAUACUUUGUCAUUAGCCCUGUUUAGAUUUUAAAUGUUCAUUUAUAUUUAAAAAUAUCUGUGCUUGAAAUAAUGUUUUGAAUGUUCUCAAAUGUGAAUUCUCUGUACUACAUGUGACCUUAAUGCCCUGUUGUUAAUCUGCUGCAGGUAUUAUGAUCACGCAUCGCUUACCUAACUGUGACCCAAAAGUUAAUGCUGCUGGAUAAAAACCCAGUGGUUGAGUGGCCAUACAAACAUGAUCUACUGUAAUGUUUCUUUAAUAGUUCUAACAGUACCUUAUGUUAUUGUAUGCACCACAAGUGUACUUUAAAUAUGGUCUUUAGAUAUAAGUGUGUAUGCUAUACACUGCAACAAAAUUGCAAUGCUCUGAAGCCUCUUGUCAUCCUCCUCCCACCAAAUUCAAACCUGAUGAUGCAAGUACUGAACAAGCAUUAGCAAGAAGUUUAAUUUUGUCCGCAAUACCUUGAAUCAUAUUAAUUUACAACAAAACUCAGAAAACUAUUUAUUCUUGCUAUGGUUCCACCAGCUAGUGUACAUUACGUUUGUAGGCUAAUGUGUUUAUGUCAAUUAAUGAAUGGAAAUGUAAUGUACAGGCAGACGUGUGGAUGUAUGACAGAUAGGAUUAGUCGACAUUGUUGCAUUAUUAACAACAGUUUCCUGAUAUAAAUAUGCAUCACAAUAUGUCAAAUAUAUUCUGUCAC